CCAAAAGGUGCCCUCUCUCUCUCUCUCCGCUUCUGCGUGCUCUGUCUGGUUUUUCCAGGAAUUGCCACACGGAUUUCGCCGCGGGGGCGACGAUCGCGGAGUGGGAUUACUGGGUCUGAUUCUGCGUUUGGAUCUUGAUAUUUUUUUCUCUUUGAUUGUUUCGGAUUCUGUGCGAGUUUGGGAGAGGAAACAGAGUGUGAUUUUUUAUUUUUUAUUUUUAAAAUUUCCUGUUUCGAAGAGAGCAUUUGACCCAAUUCGAGUUCAUGGAUUUUGGGCUGAAAUCUGGAGGUGUCUGAAGUGGUCAAAGCAUGGCGAAGAAGCAAUCCCUGCGAAUUUGGUGAAAGUUAGGUUUCUGGAACUCUGGAAUUUUGGUUGAUUUAUAGACGGUGAAUUCCGGAGAACAGUGCAAAUGGAGAUUCUGGAGACCUUUUACGUUCUUCGUCCAGCAAUGUUCAGUUUCUGAGAACAUCGGAAUUCAAGUUCUGGGUUCCCUCUCUUUUUCUUGUUUCUUGGAUGGUCGACGAGAACAGUUAUUUAUGUUCUAUAAGAGCUCCAGAACGGCCUUUUUUUUAUGAAAGCUGAUUGAUUACCUCCGAUUGAGAUGAUUACGUUUAUGGAUUCGAAAGAGAAAGUGAAGGAGAUGGAGAAAUGCUUAGAUCCUCAGCUAUGGCAUGCCUGUGCUGGAGGAAUGGUUCAAAUGCCGCCGGUGAACGCCAAGGUUUUCUAUUUCCCUCAAGGCCACGCCGAGCAUGCUUGCGCGCCAGUUGAUUUCAGGAACUGUCCUAAAGUUCCUCCAUACACCCUUUGCAGAGUUUCUGCCAUCAAGUUCCUUGCCGAUCCCGACACUGAUGAGGUCUUUGCGAAAGUUCGGUUGACCCCCGUUAAUGGGAGCGAGCUCGAUUUUGAAGAUGAUGGAAUUGGGAGGCUUAAUGGGUCUGAACAAGAUAAGCCAACUUCAUUUGCCAAGACAUUGACUCAGUCUGAUGCAAACAAUGGUGGGGGUUUCUCUGUUCCGAGGUAUUGUGCAGAAACAAUCUUCCCUCGGUUGGACUACUCGGCUGAUCCACCGGUUCAGACGAUCCUUGCUAAGGAUGUUCAUGGUGAGACAUGGAAAUUUAGGCACAUUUACAGGGGGACGCCUCGGCGUCAUCUUUUGACCACUGGGUGGAGUACUUUUGUUAACCAUAAGAAGCUUGUUGCGGGUGAUUCCAUUGUUUUCUUGAGGGCGGAGAAUGGAGAUCUCUGCGUCGGGAUUAGACGAGCGAAGAGGGGGAUUGGAGAUGGAUUGGAGACGUCGUGUGGAUGGAAUCCUGCAGGUGGGAACUGCACUGUUCCCUGCGGAGCAUUCUCGGCGUUUUUGAGGGAAGAUGAAAAUAGACUGACGAGGUCUGCUAAUGGCUUGAAUGGAAAUGGAAGCCUAAUGGGGAAGGGGAAAGUGAAGCCUGAAUCAGUUAUUGAAGCUGCUACACUUGCUGCGAAUGGGCAGACAUUUGAAAUAGUGUACUACCCGAGAGCUAGUACUCCUGAGUUCUGUGUUAAGGCAGCACUGGUGAAAGCAGCAUUGCAGAUCCGGUGGUGCUCCGGCAUGAGGUUCAAGAUGGCCUUUGAAACCGAGGACUCUUCACGGAUAAGCUGGUUCAUGGGUACCAUUAACUCGGUUCAGGUUGCCGACCCAGUGCGCUGGUCUGAGUCACCAUGGAGGCUUCUACAGGUUACUUGGGAUGAACCGGAUUUACUUCAGAAUGUGAAACGUGUAAGCCYAUGGUUGGUCGAAUUGGUGUCGAACAUGUCUCCUAUUCACCUCGCCCCCUUCUCACCUCCGAGGAAGAAGUUUAGAUAUCCACAACACCCUGAUUUCCCCCUCGAUAACCAGCCUUCUAUGCCGUCGUUCUCUAGUUAUCUCCAUGGGCCCGGCAGCCCCUUCGGUUGUCCUCCCGACAACAACCCUGCUGGCAUGCAGGGAGCCAGGCAUGCUCAUUUUGGUCUAUCCUUGUCAGAUUUCCAUCUCAGUAAACUGCAGUCAGGUCUAUUUCCGGUUGGUUAUCGAUCACUGGAUCCAGCUGCUGGAUCAACUAGACUUUCUGGUAAUGCAAUGACUGAAAAGCCAAGUAUGAGUGAAAACGUAUCUUGCUUGCUAACCAUGGCACAUUCUACUACUCAAGCGUCAAAGAAAUUUGAUGGCAUAAAGACUCCCCAGCUAAUCCUUUUUGGCCGACCGAUUCUUACGGAGUUGCAGAUGUCUCAGAGCUGCUCUGGUGAUACCGUUUCUCCAGUUGGUACUGGAAAUAGUUCAUCAGAUGGAAAUGGAGAUAAAAUGGCGAAUUUCUCCGAUGGUUCUGGAUCUGCUCUGCAUCAACAAGGUGUUGCAGAACGCUCCUCUUGCGAAAACUUCCAAUGGUACAAGGACAAUCGCCAAGAAGUUGAGCCUAACUUGGAUACUGGUCACUGUAAAGUGUUUAUGGAAUCAGAAGACGUAGGUCGCACUCUUGAUCUUUCUUCUCUUGGAUCGUACGAAGAAUUGUACAGAAAACUCGGAAACAUGUUCGGUAUAGAUAAUUCAGAGACGUUAAACCACAUCUUGUACCGUGAUGUUUCCGGUGCUGUCAAGCAUGUUGGUGACGAACAAUUCAGCGAGUUCAUCAAGACAGCAAGGAGAUUGACGAUUCUAACAGAUUCAGGAAGUAACAAUGUAGGAGCUUAGAGGAAGAAUAAAAGUUGAUUUAAAAGUGUACAGCUGGUCGAUAUCAGGUCCUUCAUUUCCCUGCUGACCUUUCUCUGUUUGAAAUCUGGGAGCUGCUAAGAUUGGACGCGUUUUUAAACUCUGAAGGCUCAUAUUUUUCGUCUUACUUGAAAUUUAAAUUAUUAAUUUUUUUCUUUCCCAAACCAACUUCUGGAGGGAAUGUUUGAAUUUUGGAGCUUGCUUACAUCCUCAUGGCUGUGUGAUAAACUUUGUGGGGUUUCUUUUUGGGAUCUUUUUAGGAGGUUAGUUCUUAUUAUAAGUGGAAGUGAUUUGAAAAGUAUUGGGAAUGGGAAUGUGUGUUUGUAAGAGAAGCAUUAUUGUGAAAUGAAAUGUGAUAAUGAGUUGGAAGUUCAAAAGA